CUCUGCUGUAAUAAAGCAAUAAGCAUAUGUAGUCUCUCGUAAGAUACGGUUUUAGUGCGUGUAUAAUAGUUAUCCUCCGUAGGCUUUUGGUUGGCAGCAUGGAUGGGAUUUAGGAUCGAUUAUCGAAGACAGUCACGGUAAUUCGGGCGGCCACACCCACCCAGCUCUCCUCCCAUUUGAGGAAUUGGCCAGGUUUUCCAUCACUUCAUAUCACUUGAAUAUGUCGUAUCCCGAUGACUAUUCACGUAGAGAUCCUCUACCUUCCAAUGCCGCCGAUCUGGCCAAUUCUUUUCUGAAUUCCGUAAGCGAUGAGCUGAAUCACGCGGGAUCUUACGAACAAGACUCGAGAUCUCGCUAUCACGACGAUUAUUAUAAAGGAGGUGAAAGCCGUCGACAUCAUCGUGGCGAACGUUAUCGUGAUUCACGAGAUCGCGAUCGUGAUCGAGGUCGUUCACGGCGAGACCGGUCCAGGGACCGACAUGAUCGUUACGACCGGUCUUCAAGGGAUAGACAUCAUUACAGCAGUCGAAGUGGUAGAGAUGAUAGAGAUAGACGAUCGAGCCGCAGACGAAGUCCUAGCAGACGAAGCCCCAGUCCACGUUUCGGACGUCACAGUGGACGCGAAGAGGACGUUGUACCAUUGCAUUUAAGAGAACGAAAACUCGACAACUGGGACAAGGCACCACCUGGUAUGGAAAUGAUGUCAGCAGCACAGGCGAAGCAAACAGGUUUAUUCCCUCUUCCUGGCCAGGUUGUCGGUACGCGAACACCACAGUCAUUCCAGUCACCUAGUCAGUUUGCCAUGUGGCCCGACCAGGGUCAUGUUAGAACCACCCAAGGUGCCGCAGGCCCUGUGGCGCAAAAUGCAUUGCUGGCACGACAAGCGAAACGUGUUUAUGUGGGUCAGAUUCCACUCGAUGUUACCGAGAAACCUUUACAUGAUUUCUUCAAUGCCACAAUGACGCAGAUGAACCUUGCCGAAGCGCCACCAGUAACAUCAGUACAGAUCAAUCACGAGAAGAAUUUUGCUUUUGUAGAGUUCCAGACACCUGAGCAAGCCACCGCAGCAAUGUCAUUAGAUGGUAUCAUGUUUGAGGGUCAUUCACUCAAAGUACGCCGUCCCAAAGAUUAUGUUCCUCCCACUGGUUAUGACUCGGGCAGCUAUCCUCCUGGCAUGGUUUCUAUGAUGGUGCCAGAUACACCCAACAAGAUUUUUGUUGGUGGUUUACCUUCUUACCUGAACCAGGAACAAGUGAUGGAACUAUUAACUUCGUUUGGUGAACUUCGUGCCUUCAAUCUUGUGACAGACAGCAGUGGCCAAUCCAAGGGAUUUGCUUUCUGCGAAUAUGCCGAUCCAAGUGUCACCGAUUUGGCGUGUCAGGGUUUGAACAAUAUGGAGUUGGGUGAUCGUAAAUUGGUGGUUCAGCGUGCUAGCGUGGGUGCAAAACAUGGUGUGAUGGCAGGUGGUGCAGCGGCACCCAUGGGCAUUUCUCUUGAUUUUGCACCUAUCAUGAGUGGAGUAACAGAAGAAGAUGCUACACGUGUAUUGCAAUUAAUGAACAUGGUGAUGCCUGAUGAACUCGAAAACGAUGAAGAUUAUCAAGAAAUUUGGGAGGAUGUGGCUGAAGAGUGCUCAAAGUUCGGUUCCAUUGUCGAUAUGAAGAUCCCAAGACCCACCAAAACAAAUGAUGUGGUGCCAGGCUUGGGCAAGAUUUUCGUUCGAUUUCAAACCAAAGAAGAAACUAUGGCUGCAUUACAGGCUCUUGCUGGACGUAAAUUCGCUGACAGAACGGUGGUGACCUCUUUUGUUGAAGAGGACAAUUAUUUGGCUGAUCUCUUCUAAUUAUGCAAUUGAAAAGGCUCAUCGGGAUAUUUUACUUGCCUUAAGGA